GCGAGACUCAGCCCCCGCUCCGGCCGCUUCAGCGAAGCCUCGCGAGAGCUCGGCCACGCCCCACCCGGCCCCCACUUCCGCCCCCGCCGUGCCUUUCACCGCUCUCGCGAGCGCUGCGGUCUUUCUCUUCCCUCGCGCACGCCGACAAGAUGCCUUCCAGACUAAGGAAGACCCGAAAGCUGAGAGGACACGUUAGCCACGGCCACGGCCGCGUUGGCAAACACAGGAAACAUCCUGGAGGGCGUGGUAAUGCUGGUGGUAUGCACCAUCACAGGAUUAACUUUGAUAAAUAUCACCCUGGCUACUUUGGAAAAGUAGGCAUGAGACACUAUCACUUGAAGAGGAACCAGAAGUUCUGUCCUACUGUCAAUUUGGAUAAACUGUGGACACUUGUCAGUGAACAGACAAGGCUCAAUUACGCAAAAAACGAGGCUGGACUGGCCCCAGUCAUUGAUGUUGUGCGCUCAGGUUACUACAAAGUCCUGGGCAAGGGGAAGCUGCCCAAGCAACCUGUAAUUGUGAAAGCAAAGUUCUUCAGUAGAAGAGCAGAGGAGAAAAUCAAAGAAGUUGGUGGUGCCUGUGUGCUGGUGGCAUGAAGGCCUUUGUUUUAUUCAAAAAUUUUGAAUAAAGACAAUGUGUAAAAAAAAAAAAAAAAAAAAAAAAAAAGUGCUGGUUUACAGAAGUUUCUGAUAUUUUUUUUCCUGUCAGUUCCCAGACACUGUUCACACUUAAGUCUUACCUGCUUAGUUACUUCUGGCAGUUUUUGAUGAGUGGUUUGACUGUUUCUCACUGUCUUCUGAGGUUGCCUGGCUGCUGCGUCCAGCGUUUGGCCUGUACCAAUACAUCAUCCUUCUGUCUCUGUGGGGCAGCAGGGUAGGUGGCUUCUUCCUGUGUUGAUCGGUUCGCUCAGCUGGUGGUCCUCCUCACAUCUGGGUGAAACCUCCUGUGGUGAUGGAUGCUGCCGCGGCCUUGGGGAAUGAAACAAUGGACGUGCGGACAAUGGAACGCCCUGCGGGGCAGUGCGAAGCGGGCGGUAGCGUACCAAAAAUGGCUCUGGAAGGAGACGUGGUGCGGAAAUUUGUUACCACUGAGCUCCGUGACCGACAGG